AAAGCGACAGCACUCUCCCGUUCCUUGUGUGACUUAAGGGUUGUUCUGCUGGGGACGGAUAUAGUACAAAACAGCAGAGUGGGAAACUUCAUAUUAGGAAAAGCAGCAUUUGAGAUUGCAGGACCUCUGGCUAAUGUGAAGCAGCACAGUAAGUGUGUCCGAGGAAAACUGAAGGAUAGAGACAUCACAGUCAUCAACAGUCCUCAGCUGCUCCACCCAAAUCUUGCAAAUUAUCAGAUUGCAAAGGCAGUGAGAGAAUGUGUGUCCCUGUCUACCCCAGGACCUCAUGUGAUCAUACUCGUACUUCGGUACAAUGACUUCAGUGAGGACGACUGCAAGAGAGUGAAAUAUGUACUGGAAGAAUUCAGUGAGCAGGCGAUUAAAUACUCUAUAGUGCUGACUGCUGAGGAAGAUGACCAGAGCUGUGAAUGUAUUCAUCAAUUAAUAAAGGAAUGUGGAGGUGGACAUAUACAGUUUGAUGAAAGAAAAUCAGGGUGGCUUUCUGAGAUGAUUGAAAGGGUAGAAAAUAUACUCAAGGAAGAAGAGGACACGUUUCUUAUCUGUGACUUAUACGAGGAUGCAGAAGGAAUACCAGUGGAUGAAGUACAGAGCAAAUCUGAAGCCUUGUUCAAAGCAGAAGAAGAUGAGGGGAAUUCUGAUCAUGAAGAUGAUAGAAAAAUGAAAGACGGCAAUACAGAGCAAAUGGAAAUUGUUUCCCAAAGGAACAUCUUGUGUUCAAGAGAGAUAUCAGAUGAUGUAAGGAUUGUGUUACUGGGAAAAACUGGAGUUGGGAAGAGUGCAGCAGGAAACAUCAUCUUAGGGAGAGAAGCAUUUAAAGCAGAUGUGUCUCAAGAGUCAGUUACCAAAGAGUGUCAGAGAGAGACAGUUGAGAUCAAUGGCAGAUACAUUACUGUGAUUGACACUCCCGGACUGUUUGAUACUAAACUUAAUGAAGAAGAGAUCCAGAGAGAAAUCACUAAUUGCACCUCAAUGACAUUACCAGGACCACAUGUGUUUCUCUUACUCAUACCACUGGGACGUUUCACUCAAGAGGAGAAAAAAUCUGUAAAGAUAAUUCAAGAAACUUUUGGUGAAAACUCUUUAAUGUACACCAUAGUGCUCUUCACCAGAGGAGAUGAUCUGAAGAACAAGUCCAUUGAAGAUUACCUGGGAAACCUUGAAUCUGCUUUGAGGAACCUCAUUAAACAGUGUGGCAACAGAUAUCAUGUGUUCAAUACUAAAAUGACUAGAGAUCAUACACAGGUUUCUACUCUACUACAAAAAAUAGAUGCAAUGGUGGCAGCAAAUGGAGGGAGUUACUACUCAUGUAAGAUGUUCAGACAGAUGGAGAGAGAUCUACAGGAAAAACAAAUAGAGAUUCUAAGGGACAAAGUGGAGCAGCUGAGCAGAGAAAGAGAAGAACUUCUGGCCAACCAAGAAAAAGAGAUAGAGACAAUGAAGAUAAAAUUGGAAGAAGAAAGACAAAAUCAUGACAAAGAAAGGAGGAGAAUUGAAGUCGAAUUUAGAGAAAACCAAGAACAAUACAAGAAAAAAUUAGAGGAGCAGCUGACAAAAACCCAGGAACUGAAAAUAGAAGGAGAGCAAAUACAGAGACAGCAAAAGGAAACACUGAAACGGAUGCAAGAUAAUGAAAGGAGGAUGAUGGAGGAAAAACAAAACUGGAACAAACAUCGUGAGAUACUUGAAGAGAAAAUCAAGAAUGAGAAAUAUCUAAAUGAAAAACAAUGUAAGAUUUAUGAAGACAAAAUUAAGUUAAUAGAACAAAAGAGGCAAGAUGUACUAGAGAGCGUUAAAUAUGUGGAUUAUGAAGAAGACAGAAGAAAAGACUUGGAAAACAUGAAAAUGUGCUGUUCUCAAAGGGGAGAUGAAACUGCCCCAAGCCCAAUGCCUGAAACCAAUGAGGACCAAAGCCUGGACCAAGAGCUCAAAGACCUCUUGAAUAGACUAGCUUUGACAAACAUGCAAUAUAAUAAAUUGAAGACAACAGACAUUCUUGCAAUCACUUCAUUUCAAACCCAGGAGCCACAAAAAGAGACUGAACUGGUAAACUCAUUCCUACAAAAGCUGCUGAACAUGGACUACAGAGCAAGAUACACUGUCAUAAAGCAGGAAGGGAAAGAAGACCAAAAAACACCUACCACCAAGAAAGAAGGCGAGGAAGAGGGAGCAAACUACAACCCUACUGUUCUCUCAGGGAAUCACUACAGUACUCACCCAAUGGAUGUUCAGAUGGCUGUGUUUCACUGUGCUGAUGGUUUCUUAAAGCAGCUAAUGGUGACUAAACUCUCACAGUGUCAGUAUGCUCUGCCUCUGCUUGUACCUGAUCCAUUCACACAACACAUUGAGUUCCCUCUCUGGACAUUUCGGCAAAUCAGCAAGAGCUGGAAAGCAACAGAUGAAACAGGUCAAACAUGUUGCCGUUUCCAGCCAGUCUAUAAGGCAGAAACUCCAAUGGUGGCUUUCUUCAGGUUUGGCUCUCUGUCGUCAUCCAAAUCUCAGCUGAUGAACUCCCUCAUUAAUGAGAAACACAACACGUUCUUCCACAGGAACUGUCCAGGCAGCAGCAGAACCAGAGUACUGAUGGAUGGAGUGGUGGAGAUCGCUUGGUAUUGUCCCUCUGGGACAAAGACAGAUACAUUUUCUGACUGUGUUGCAUUCUGUAAUCUCCAUGGUGAUGCAGGAGCCAACGAGAAACAAUAUGAGAUUUUGAUCAAGAUGGCUUCUAUGAAUGUCCUAUUUUUACCUGAUUUUGGACAGAGCAACCACUACAAGGGCUUGGUAAGAUCACUCUUCAAAUCUCCUCAGCCCCUCAUUUGUCUGCUCACUGAGAAUAACUGUGAUAAAACUAAACUGGGAGGUGGAAAAUUCAUAAUUGGUCUUUUGAACAAAAACCAAUCUGAUGUAUCUUAUCAGAUAAGGGAGACUAUCAAAGUGGGAUUGAGGGUGCAGAAUAAGACAUUUAAACUUGAAGAUGUGGCCCAACACACAGGAAUCAGAGUAGAUGAGGAUGAUCCAGAGAGCCAGAAAGGGAAAGAUGCAGCACUCCAAAUUAUGGGACUAUUUGAUGGAAAGGAACCAUCAACAGUGAAAGAAACAAACCUGCCCUGUCAGGGGAAUCUGUGGGAUGAAUGGUGUAAAAUGAACAAAAAACUACAUUGUUUAGGAGGAGAAAAUCUAGAGGAAGAUAAAAGUACCAAACUGAAGCUCAUGAGAACUAUAAGAGAAAAGCAAGUGGCACAAGGGUUGAGUGAGUUCAUUGUGAUGUUUAUUGAAAAACUGAAAUCACAGAGAGACAAUGAAAAAAGCUAUUUUCUGAUGUGGAUGCGAAAUCUGUUGGAUGAUUUCAUUUCAGAUGAGCGCUGUAGGCUUCAUAAGGAUGAACAAACAAUUCUGGAAAAAAUAUCAGAGCAAAUCAAUAAAACAACCUUUGGCUUAGAGCACAUCCUGAGAGAGAUUGGUCAGAUAUAUGAAUCAUGGUCAUCUGUGAAGAGGAACAAGAAAGGCCUGCAGUUUGACUUGUUUUCUCUGCCGAGACUUGCAGCAGAGAUGAUGAUCUCUGGAAUUCCAAUAGAGCUGAUGGAUGGAGAUGCUGCUCAUAUUCCUUUGACCUGGGUUACUGCUGUUCUAGAUGAACUCGUCAAGAAACUGGAAGACCAGAGUGUCUUUGUGCUGUCAAUUUUAGGCAUUCAGAGUUCUGGGAAAUCAACCAUGCUGAAUGCCAUGUUUGGACUCCAGUUUGCAGUCAGCGCUGGCAGGUGCACCAGAGGAGCUUUCAUGCAGCUGGUCAGAGUGUCAGAGGAGAUGAAAGAAGAGCUGAAGUUUGACUAUAUUCUGGUGGUUGAUACUGAGGGGCUUCGUGCACCAGAACUGGAUGGCAGGUCAACAAGAUGUCGUGACAACAAAAUGGCCACAUUUGUUGUUGGUCUUGGAAAUAUGACUUUGAUCAACAUCUUUGGAGAAAACCCUUAUGACAUGCAGGACAUUCUGCAAAUUGUUAUUCAGGCCUUCCUGAGGAUGAAGCAGGUCCGACUGAAUCCCAGCUGCAUGUUUGUGCAUCAGAAUGUUUCAGACGUCACAGCUGGAGAGAAAAACAUGGAAGGAAGGAGACGACUGCAAGAGACACUGGAUGAAAUGACUAAGCUCGCUGCCAUAGAGGAAGUGUCAGAUGCAGACUGUUUUAGUGAUGUCAUUGCAUUCGAUGUUCAGAACGAUGUGAAGUAUUUUGCACAGCUAUGGGAGGGCAGUCCGCCAAUGGCACCACCAAACCCACACUACUGUGAAAAUGUUCAAGAGUUAAAGCAAACUAUUCUUUGUCAUGCCUCAAAAUCAAAUGGCAUGAUGCUGACUCACCUAAAAAAACGCAUCCAAGAUCUCUGGGAGGCUUUGCUUAGUGAACAAUUUGUCUUCAACUUCAAGAACUCUCUGGAAAUCGCAACUUAUAGGAAACUAGAGACCGAAUACAGCAAAUGGACCUGGAGUCUUCGGAGUGCCAUGCUGGAAAUUGAAAACACACUACAUAACAAUAUAGAAAAUGAAGUGAUUCGGGAGGUCAAGGAAACUGAUCUUCAAAAAAAACUAUAUGUGCAAAGUGAAGGAGUGAAAAAGACAAUGUCAGAAUUUUUUGAGAAAGACAGAGAUGCAGUUAUGCUGAACCAAUGGAAAGCCUCAUUUGAAAUAAAAAUCCAAGAGCUUCAAGGGAACAUUUUGAGGGAAACAAAGAGGAAAUUAAACGAUGUUCUCCAGCAGCGUGACUUGAAGAAAAAGAUUGAUGCUCAGAGGACACAUCAUGAAAACACUCUCUUUGAAAAGAGCAAAGAACUUGCUUUGAAACUUAAAGAGCAAGCAAAGGAAGAAAAUAUAAUGAAAAAAGAGUUUGAUUCCUUUUGGGAACAGCAGGUGGAAGAAAUAAUCCGAGAUACUCCACCAGUCAAAUCUAUUGACAUAAUAAGAGAUGUCAAAGAACUCCUCAAUGACAUUUAUCAAAGUAUACCUGUAGACCAUGAGAAAAAGAGCAGUAAAUACAGUGAUAUGUGCUCUGUGCCAAGCUAUUCCGAAUAUGUACAGUUAAAGAAAUCCAGAGGAGUUGCAGGAUCUUUCAAAAAUGCCUACAACGGAGCUAAACAGAUGUUUGGUCAUGCUUUAUCUAAUGAGGAUGAAGUCCAGAUAAGAACCUUAGUCACAGGCAUUACUGAGCAGACAGAUAAAAUGAUUAUGUCAUUUAGCAUUGCAAAAAUGGGCUACAACAUUAGCUGCAUUCAACAACUUGUAGAUUACAUAAAGACACGAUUAAAAAAACACGAGGACGGGCUGAAAGGAGUGAAAUAUGUGUUCAAGAGAGAAUUCUUCAUUGAUUUGGUACUUUGCAUAUGUCAAAGGGCAAAGAAGACAUUCGCUGACCAACACAAAAUGUUCAGGGAAGUCAAUGAUCCUGUUCUUUAUUCUGAGAGGAAGAGGGAAGAGUACUACAGAAUUUUCCAGAAAUACUGUCGAGGGGCAACAUCAGCUGCCAUUUUUGGUGAAUUUAUUUGUAAUAAACUUAAAGAUCCAAUUCAGCAGCAUGUCUACAAAAAAACCGCCAGAGAGUUGACAGAUGAAAUGAAGACAAACUGUGAAUCGCUGAAUGGGAACAGAUCUAACCUAGAGAAACACAUCCUCAAGACAAUGGCAGAAAAGAAGAAUUUUGACACAUACAUGACCUACAUACAUAAUCCCAGAAAUCACUUCAAGAAUUUCAUCAGGGAUGAAGUAAGUCAGUACAUCACUGAAAGAUUCCAAGAUAGUGUUCAACCCAAGAUGCAAAAUGGCAUCAUGCCGCUGCAGCAGCAGAUCAUAUCCGCAGUACAUGAAUCCACCAAACAGGCUCAAGAGAUCAAUGGAGAUGUCAAUUUGUGGUUGAUUUAUUUCACACACCAGCUCUCUGAUGUGCUUAUAUUCUCUAUAAGUGAUCUCAGUGGAGUGAAUCAUGAUGACGUUGAUGUCAGCCUCCUAGAAGAUGUGAUAAAAGAAGAACUACCUUCUAUAAUAUCUGAAAUAAGCAGCAAAUAUAGUACAGAAACAUUUCCAGUAAAUCUAGACUGCACAGACAGGCCAGAUGAGAUUCUGAUUGAUCACUUUUGUCAGUGCUGCUGGGUUCAGUGUCCUUUCUGUGCAGCCAUCUGCACCAACACGAUGGAAGACCAUCCUGGAGAUCAUAGAGUGCCUUUCCAUCGUAAUAUUGGACUGAAUGGGUGGAAUUACAGAGGAACAACAAACCUAUCUAUCAGCAUCUGCACAUCAGCAGUGGCCAGUGAUCGAUGUUUUUUUCCAAAUGACUCCCAUGUUAAAUUCCCAUGGAAAGAAUACAAAAAAGCUGGUCGUAAAUAUGCUAGCUGGAGCAUCACUUCUGACCUAUCUGAGCUGCCGUACUGGAAAUGGUUUGUGUGCCAAUUUCAGAAAGAUCUGGAAAAGUACUACAAUAAAACCUUUGAGGGAAGCGGGAGGAUUCCAGAUGAAUGGAGACUGUACUCUAAAGAGGAGGCUGUUGAAAGUUUGGAUAAAUACAUUUGAUGGAAAAGAUAAAGAAUGAGACUCUAGGAUCUUGAUACACAAGACAAGUUUGAAAUGAGUUUCUGUUCCACACUACAGUGACUGUGAAAUAUAUACUAAACUCAAUAUAAACCGCCUUAAAUAUAAACUGCUUGUAGCAAAGAAGCACUUCACAGAAUAGUUUAAAACGUAUAAUGUUAAUAUUUAAUCAAAGUAUUCUAUUCUUCAGAAGCAACUGUUUUACACUUUAUCACAGACGAUAUAUGAAUAUUAUAUUUUGAGAAAAAUAUAUUAUACUUAUAGGGGACGAAUCUCAUUAUUAAUAACUAAGGGUACUUCUUUUUUAACUUUUUUUCUUCAUAAUUUCCUGAUUCUGAAAGUUCUGUUUGUUUAAAUACUUAAAACUACAGAAUGUGCUGAAUAAUGAAUGAUAAUCUAAAUUUUAAAAAAUGUCAUUAAAACCAAUGACAGGUGAAUUGAAAAUUUCAUGUACAACAGUCUCUAGAAUUUACUCAGAAUGUUGCAAAACACAAAAACAUCCAGUGAGGGCAGUUCUGUGGACUGAAAUACCUUGUUGAUGAGAGAGGUCAACAGAGAAUGACCAGACUGGUUUGAACUGACAAAGUCUACGGUAACUCAGAUAACCGCUCUGUACAAUUGUGGUGAGAAGAAUAGCAUCUCUGAAUGCUAUUCUGAGAUGCGGGUUGGCGCUGUUUUGGCGGCACGAGGGGGAGCUACACAAUAUUAGGCAGGUGUUUUAAUGUUGCGGCUGAUCGAUAUAUAUAUUGGUAUACACUGGCGGCCAAAAGUUUGGAAUUUUGUACAGAUUUUGCUGUUUCGGAAGGAAAUUGGUACCUUAAUUCACCAAACUGGCAUUCAACUGAUCACAAAGUAUAGUCAGGACAUUACUGAUGUAAAAAACAGCACCAUCACUAUUUGAAAAAAGUACUUUUUGAUCAAAUCUAGACAGCAGCCAUCACUCCUUAUCCUUGAGUAAUCAUGCUAAAUUGAUCAUUUGGUACUAGAAAAUCACUUGCCAUUAUAUCAAACACAGCUGAAAGCUAUUUGGUUCCUUAAAUGAAGCUUAACAUUAUCUUUGUGUUUGUUUUUGAGUUGCCACAGUAUGCAAUAGACUGGCAUGUCUUAAGGUCAAUAUUAGGUCAAAAAUGGCAAAAAAGAAACAUCUUCCUCUAGAAACUCAUCAGUCAAUCAUUGUUUUGAGGAAUGAAGGUUAUACAAUGCUUGAAAUUGCCCCAAAAAAACUGGAGAUUUCAUACAAAGGUGUACACUACAGUCUUCAAAGACAAAGGACAACUGGCUCUGGCAAGGACAGAAAGAGAUGUGGAAGGCCCAGAUGUACAACUAAACAAGAGGAUAAGUACAUCAGAGACUCUAGUUUGAGUAAUAGACGCCUCACAUGUCCUCAGCUGACAGCUUCAUUGAAUUCUACCCGCUCAACACCAGUUUCAUGUACAACAGUAAAGAGAAGACUCAGGGGUGCAGGCCUUAUGGGAAGAAUUGCAAAGAAAAAGCCACUUUUGAAACAGAAAAACAAAAAGAAAAGUUAGUGUGGGCAAAGAAACACAGACAUUGGACAACAGAUCAUUGGAAAAGAGUGUUAUGGAUCUUAACCCCAUUGAGCUUUUGUGGGAUCAGCUAGACUGUAAGGUGCGUGAGAAGUGCCCAACAAGACAGCCACAUCUAUGGCAAGUGCUACAGGAAGUGUGGGGUGAAAUGUCACCUGAGUAUCUGGACAAACUGACAGCUAGAAUGUCAAGGAUCUGCAAAGCUGUCAUUGCUGCAUGUGGAGGAUUUUUUGAUGAGAACUCUUUGAAGUAGUUUAAGAAGUUCUGAACAUUUAUUUCAACAUUAUUAAUGUCCUGACUAUACAUUGUGAUCAGUUGAAUGCUACUUUGGUGAAUAAAAGUACCAAUUUCUUUCCAUAAGAGCAAAAUCUGUAUAUUAUUCCAAACUUUUGGCCGCCAGUGUGUGUGUGUAUAUAUAUAUAUAUAUAUAUAUAUAUAUGUUCUAUGCUCCAAA